AUGACAAAAUUGAUAAUUGUACCUGGCGAAAUCAAAACAUUGAAAAAUGAUACUAGAGUAAGAAUACUUUGUCAAGUUAUAGAUUAUGUUGUUCCAUUAUUGACUGUUGAUAAAAUUCCAACAAUACAGGGAAAUUCAGAAGCUAUUACGAUAAAUAUUCAUGAUUUAUUAAAUGAAGUCGCUUUUGAAUGUUUGCAAAUUGGUAGUUUAGUUGAAAUAGAAGGGUUUUGGAAUAGUGGAGAGUUAUUGCCUUUUGUUAUUGAAGAAAUUAAUGGUUCUAAUUUUAAAUUUGAGAAUUUGGAAGUGUUAAGUUCCAUUCUGAAUUUGAGUAACAUUUCAAAGAGGAAACGAUUUAGUUAA